AUGUGUACCACUGGUCUGCCUCCAGGAACAGGGAUGGGAAACACUUCUCCUGACUACAUUAUGAUUCUUCAAAUGCGACAUGGUGCCCAUCUCCUCUGGAUUGGACUGGUUGUAUGUGCUGUGGAAGCUGGAGCUAGUCUCCGGUUUACUGGCGCAGAGGGACAGUGGGCCUCGUUCCCCAUGUGGAACGCUUGCUGUGAGAGCGAGAUGAGCUUCAGCAUGAAAACCAAGAAUUUAAAGGGACUUCUGGUGUACUUUGAUGAUGAAGGCUUCUGCGAUUUCCUCGAGCUGCACAUACAAGAGGGGAAACUCAGACUACGCUUUUCUAUUUUCUGUGUUGAACCUGCUUACGUACUUUCAGAUGUUGUCAUCAGUGACAACCAGUGGCAUGAAGUCACAAUCAGGAGGAACUUCAGAAACACUACACUCAUCGUUGACAAAGAAAUAAAGUGGCAUGACGUUAAGUCCAAAAGACGGGAUAUGACUGUCUUCAGUCACUUGUUCUUAGGAGGGAUUCCACCAGAACUAAGACUGAUGUCUUUACAGCUGACAUCGGACACUGUGAAGGAUCACACUGCCUUUAUGGGCUGGAUAACAGACUUGAAAGUCAACAAUUCAGAGCCUUUCAUCAUUAACAGUGCCGGGGUAAGCACUGACCUCUGUGGCUCACACAACAUGUGCUUAAACGGAGGUGUAUGCAGUGUUGUCAAUAAUGAGCCUACAUGUGACUGCUCUGAAACCGGCUAUCAGGGAAAGGACUGCGGUGAAGGUCUGGCACACCUGAUGAUGGGCGACCAAGAAAUGGAAGAAUAUGUGGCAACAUUCAAAGGUUCAGAAUACUUCUGCUAUGACCUUUCCCUGAACCCAAUCCAAAGCAGCAGUGAUGAAAUCACGCUGUCAUUCAAAACACUCCAGAGAAAUGGACUGAUGCUUCACACGGGAAAAUCUGCUGACUAUGUCAACCUGGCUCUGAAAAACGGAGCGGUGUCUCUUGUCAUAAAUUUGGGUUCUGGGGCGUUUGAAGCUCUGGUGGAACCAGUCAAUGGAAAAUUUAAUGACAAUGAAUGGCAUGAUGUAAAAGUAACAAGGAAUUUGCGUCAGCACUCAGGCAUUGGACAUGCUAUGGUAACAAUAUCUGUGGAUGGAAUACUGACCACCACAGGAUAUACUCAAGAGGACUACACCAUGCUUGGAUCUGAUGACUUUUUCUAUGUUGGAGGAAGUCCUAGUACAGCCGACCUGCCGGGAUCACCUGUUAGCAACAACUUUAUGGGUUGUCUAAGGGAGGUUGCGUAUAAAAACAAUGAAAUUCGACUGGAGCUGUCCAGACUGGCCUUUAAAGGCGACCCAAAAAUGAAGAUCCAUGGAGUUGUUGCCUUUAAGUGUGAGAAUGUUGCCACAUUAGAUCCCAUCACUUUUGAGACACCAGAAUCCUUCAUCACGCUUCCUAAAUGGAACACUAAGAAAACCGGUUCUAUUUCCUUUGACUUCCGCACCACUGAGCCCAAUGGACUUCUCCUCUUUAGCCAUGGGAAACCUAAGCAACAGACAAAAGAGGCCAAGAGCCCUUUCACACAGAAGGUAGACUUUUUUGCCAUUGAGAUGCUGGAUGGUCUUUUGUAUCUGCUUCUGGAUAUGGGAUCAGGCUCAACCAAGACACUGGCUGUGAACAAAAAAGUGAACGAUGGAGAGUGGUAUCAUGUGGACUUCCAGAGGGAUGGAAGAUCAGGUACCAUCUCUAUCAACACAAUUCGCACACCAUACCAAGCCCCAGGAAACAGCGAGGUUCUUGACCUGGAUGAUAGCUUGUAUCUAGGAGGACUGCCAGAAAAUAAAGCUGAAAUGGUGUUUCCUACUGAGGUGUGGACUGCUCUGCUCAACUAUGGUUAUGUAGGCUGCAUCCGUGACUUCUUCAUCAGUGGUCAGAGCAAAGACAUCCGCCGCAUAGCUGAGGUGCAGAAAGCCGCAGGCGUAAAGCCCUCCUGCAGUAAAGAGGCUCCUAAGCAGUGUCUCAGUAACCCCUGCCAAAACAAUGGAGUCUGCAGGGAAGGGUGGAACCGUUAUAUGUGUGACUGCUCUGGGACGGGCAAUCUUGGUCGCUCCUGUGAGAGAGAUGCCACCAUUCUCAGUUACGAUGGCAGUAAAUUCAUGAAGGUCCAGUUAUCUGUAGCUAUGCAUACAGAGGCUGAAGAUGUUUCGCUACGGUUCCGCUCCCAGCGGGCAUAUGGUGUUCUCAUGGCAACCACGUCUCGAGACUCCGCAGACACCCUCCGUUUGGAGCUGGAUACAAGUCGCGUCCGGCUCAUGGUUAAUCUAGACUGUGACAGGAUAAACUGUACCACGAGCAAAGGACCUGAGACCAUAUUUGCUGGUCAGAAUCUGAAUGACAAUGAGUGGCACACAGUGCGAGUGAGCAGGAGAGGAAAGAGUCUGAAGCUGUCUGUGGAUGACUUGGCCACUGUGGAAGGAGAGAUACCAGGUGACCACACACAGCUGGAGUUUCAUAACAUUGAGACGGGGAUCAUUACAGAGAAACGCUACCUGCCCAUCACACCCUCCAACUUCAUUGGGCAACUCCAGAGCCUGACGUUUAACGGCCAGCCGUACAUCGACCUCUGCAUAAACGGAGACAUCGACUACUGCGAAGUCAACGCCAUGAUCGGAUUCAAGAACAUCAUUGCCGAUCCACUGACCUUCAGGUCCUGCUCAAGCUAUCUGUCUCUGAGCGCGCUGCAGGCAUACUACUCCAUGCACCUGUUCUUCCAGUUCAAGACCACCUCAUCAGAUGGACUCAUCCUGUUCAACAGUGGAGAUGGAAAUGACUUCAUCGCUGUAGAGCUGGUUAAGGGCUACCUGCAUUACAUCUCAGACUUGGGAAACGGUGCUUAUCUCAUCAAAGGAAACUCAAACAAGCCUCUUAAUGACAACCAAUGGCACAACGUCAUCAUCUCCAGAGACACAAAUAACCUGCACACUGUCAAAAUCGACACCAAAAUCGCCACCCAGACCACCGUUGGGGCCAAAAAUCUUGACUUAAAAGGUGAUCUUUAUAUUGGUGGCGUUCCUGAGGAGAUCUACAAAGAGUUGCCCAAGUUAGUUCAUGCAAAAGAAGGAUUUCAAGGCUGUCUGGCAUCUGUGGAUCUAAACGGCCGUUUGCCAGACCUGAUGUCUGAAGCGCUGGUCUGUGUUGGACAGAUUGAGAGAGGAUGUGAAGGACCCAGCACUACCUGUCAGGAGGAUUCGUGUGCUAAUCAGGGAGUUUGUAUUCAGCAGUGGGAGGGCUUCACCUGCGACUGCAGCAUGACCACAUACGGAGGACCUCUGUGUAAUGAUGCAGGCACCACAUAUAUAUUUGGGAGAGACGGUGGUCUGCUCACAUACACAUGGCCACCGAACGACCGGCCAAGCACACGAGCCGAUCGGCUGGCGAUGGGAUUCAGUACUCAUCUGAAGGAAGCUCUACUGGUGCGAGUGAACAGCUCCUCUGGGUUAGGCGACUAUCUCAAACUACACAUUGUAAAUGGCUACAUUGCGGCUAUAUUUAAUGUGGGCACAGAGGACAUCAACAUCGAGGAGAAAGCAAAGUUUGUAAAUGAUGGAAAGUACCAUAUAGUGAAGUUCACAAGGAGUGGCGGCAACGCCACACUGCAGGUGGACGAUCUACCUGUUAUUGAGCGCUACCCCACAGGAAACAUUGAUAGUGAACGGCUGGCGAUCGCUAGACAGCGAAUUCCAUAUCGACUCGGUCGAGUAGUUGACGAUUGGCUACUCGACAAAGGCCGUCAGCUCACAAUCUUCAACAGCCAGAUGACCAUCCAGAUCGGGGGCUGGGAAAGAGACCACAGCCGUGCCUUCCAAGGCCAAAUGUCUGGUUUCUAUUACAAUGGUUUGAAGGUUUUUAACAUGGCCGUGGAAGGAGACCCCAACAUCCGCAUCGAAGGCAGCGUGAGGUUGGUUGGGGAGGUGCAGUUGUCCUCCAUAUCACCACAGUCCAGUGCUACGGUUUCUCGCUCUGAAACCUCUACCUCAGUCAUGGAGAUCACUACCACAACCACCUCCAACCACAAGAUCAAACCGAGCACAGCAAGCGAAGCCCAGCAGACUACUGAUGACUUGUUGGUGGCAUCUGCCGAGUGCCCCAGUGACGAUGAGGACAUAGACCCCUGCGAACCGAGCUCAGGUGGGUUAGCUAACCCUACAGGCCCCGGGGUGAAGAGCUAUCCUGGUCAGUCAGAGGUUUUCCGUGAGUCCAGCAGUACCACAGGCAUGGUGGUUGGCAUCGUCGUUGCUGCCGCACUUUGCAUCCUCAUUCUUCUCUACGCCAUGUACAAAUACCGCAACCGCGACGAAGGAUCAUACCAUGUGGAUGAGAGCCUCAACAACAUUUGCAAUUCAGCCCAGUCAAAUGGAACAGCUGUAAAGGAGAAACCAAUGGAUGGCACCAGUAGUGUCAGCAAGAGCAAGAAAAACAAAACCGAGUAUUAUGUGUGAUAUUAUUAUUCCUGGUCCUUACAGGACCAUCAUUCUCAUCCACGGUUCCCAUAAAAGUCAAAUAUAAGACCUACUCAUGUAAGAUAACAAAGACUGAGAGAUUAAGGAAAAGCAUUUAGUCAUCAUAUAUUAAACAAUAUACAGUGGAAAUCUUCGAUAUUUAAUUCAUGCACAUUGGAAUGGAUAACAGAACUAAUUGAAAGAUUACCUAAUCCACCCAGACUCUUGUACUGUCUUGUGUAACAAAUGCAAGAAGAAGGGAAUGAAGAGUGAGUAAUGGACUAUUGCAAAACGUCUUUCUGUUUUUUGUUUUGUUUUCCUGAAGCAUCACUUAAUAAUGAGAGAAUAAGGAAGGACAGAACAAGUCUCUCAGACUUGAUAAGUAUUAUAGAACUAAUAUAAAUUUGACAGCUGAUGGUAAAAGGGAAAAGAAGAUUAUGGCAUUAUCUUUGGCAAACAAAUGGCUGCAAAACAGUUGCGGAUAUCUCAGUGAUAAUGGAUUCAAUGUCUUAUUUAAUAUGUUUCUAUACAGUAAAACUACAACUGUAUGUUUUAUGACCUGUUGCAUUGAGGAUGCAAACUUUAUCUACUUGUUGUCAGAAAAGACCACAAAUUAAUCUUACGUAUAUUAUAGCAUUUAUAGAUAUCAACAAUGCCAUUUUUUAUUUGCAAUGGGUUUUUUCAUCAUGUUACCUGCAAACUGUUUUCUGCAAAUGAAUGUUCAAACAGUUUGUAAUAUAUGUGUGCACAUACACAUUUAGAGUCCAUGUUUUAGAAGGUACUCUGAAAGACACACAAAACAAUGAAGCCAGAGCCUUCCAAAAACAUAUCACUUCCAAUAAACUCACAAAAUUCCCAUGAGAUGUAUCUCAGCCUGCAGUGAGAGAUGAGAUGAAUCCAUGUUUAUUUGUGCUUACACACCCUCAAAAUGUAAUCAUAAAUCAGAUUAAUUUAUUAGUUUCUGUCUUGAUAGUGUGUCUGUGUGUCUCCCUCCUUUCCUACUUUUAGAGCAAGAGACAGGAGAACUGAUUUUGAGCUAAACAACAGAACCGAUAAAAUUCAUUUGACUCAUUUUUUAGAUCUGUAUUACUUUUUUAUACAGUAUUUUGUUUAUGAGACUUCCAAAUUAUCUGUAUUAAAAUAGUUUGAAACAUUAAUCAGGCAAAUAAAACAUU